UGAGCUUAUUGUGAAAAAACAAUAUAAGAUUCGGCAAAUCGAAAGAGAAGGAAGAGAAGGAGAUAUAAAAUACAUAAAUCAUGUGACGAAAUCGAUAUCAGUGCGAAGGACUUGAGCGAUGACGAAAAUUUGGCUCGAUCCAGAAACGGAGACCGUAGUAAAUCAUUCCGGAUACGCCCGCGCGUAUUAUACAACAAAUCACCGGUGCUCACCGGUGGGAGAAGAGUCUUUGUUCUCGUAAGGGAAGGCGCCGAUGUAUAAAAGACAUCGUAAUGGAGAAUAGUUAUCGCAGUCUUCGUAGCGACACAAUAAGCAAUACCAAGCAGGCAAAAUGAUGACCAAAGUACUCGUUUUCGUCGCCGCCCUCGUGGCCGCCUGUUCCGCUGGAGUGCUCCCGGCGAUUCCGGCAGCGGUGCCCGCGGCUCUGACAGUCGGUACCUACGCCUCGAGUUACAAUGCACACGCCAUCAAUCACGCGAUAGCCGCCCCAUAUCUGGCGGCUGCACCUGCAGCAUACGCAGCUGCACCUGCAGCAUACGCAGCACCUGCAGCAUACGCAGCGCCAGCAGCAUACGCAGCGCCCGCAGCGUACGCACCGUACACAUCGUUGGCUUAUUCUGCUCUGCCGGCAGCCUAUUCCGCCCCGAUUAUCGCUGGAAGACGCUGAAUAUCUCAUUUGAACCACUGAAAACCAGACCAAACUGACUUCGACCACUGAUCUCGACGAACGACAAUCGGCACAACGUUAUUAUUAACAUAUAAUAACGUUGAUUAUUACACAACUUUUUUCGCAUUGUACAUAUGGUCCACAGAUCAAUACAAUAUCUCCGCUACAUUGAUGU